CACGUCUUUAAACUUUUCUGAAUUUGCAAUCAUGAACAUCAAUGAUUUUGUGAUACUCCCUGGUUCGAAAACUGGAGUUUCUGUAAAACUGAAGGAAAAAAGUGUACGGGACCUGCAAUUGGAAAAAGUUCAGCUAGAACUUGAAAAUAAUGAAAUGGAGAAGAAACUGAAGCAACUACAAUCAAAUAUGAGCCGAGAGAAACAAGACAGAGGGCGAACAAAUGGGUAUCGAUGGAAAUCAGGUCACGCUAGUCUAAAUACACAACCACAAAUCUUACAAGACAAAGAAAAUGCUAUAAAGGUUCCUUCAGCCAAAGUAAAAUUGAGGCUACUUAAAGAACAUAUUCCAGCUCCAGAUGCAGCCAAGCAGCCAUAUGUACAUAAAACAGCAAAUGAUGCAGCCACUGAGAGGCCUAAAGUGAAGGGCAAGGCAUGCGGUCAAUGUGAGAUGAAGAUUGCAUUGCUAGUGUGUUUGGAAUGUGGAGAAGAUUAUUGUCCUAGUUGCUUUGCCAGAAUACACCAGAAGGGAGCACUGAAACUCCACAGAACAACUUAUUUGCAGGGAAAAGCACGUAUCCCAGUUGGAAAACUGGAAGCUGCACAGCAGUUCCUGAAAACUGUCAAUCCAUCGGAGACUAAUGACUUCAUAAAUAAUGGACAGGGGAAAAAAGUGACCAAUGCAGUAGAGGAUAUGGAUCCUGUUCCUCCACCUUCACCAAAAAUACCAACAGAGUCUACAGUAUCUUCUACUGACAGCUGGACUGAGAUUCCAAAUGGUGGGUUUUUGCUGCAUGGCACCUUUGAUGAAAACGAAUCUGCAAAGUCUUUUCAAGAAGCUCUGAAUCAGUGGAGAAGUGGAAAUUGUUCCCAGAAAAGCAAAGAAGAACGUUCCUGCCAGGUUGGGUCAGAAAAUUCAGGUACAUGUCAGGUGCAGACGAGCCCUCCAAUUAUGAAGAAGUCUAUUGAAAUUGAAUUCAAAGAAGAUAGCUUGAACUACAUGGAAAGAUUAUUAAUUAAGAAGCAUAGAAGAGCUCCAAUUGAUCAAUUGUCACAUAACAUUAUAAUGGAUGAACUAAAAUUCAAGGAAUCAUCGUCAAAUGAAAUUCCUGAUACUUGGAACAGAGAAAAGGAAGAGGAGGGAAAGGGGGAGGAGGAGGAGGAGGAGGAAGAGGAAGAAGACAUAAUAAAUGCUCGUGAAAUAGCUAUAGAAAUGAAAAAGUAUUGGGCAGAUGUUUUGGAACAAGAAGAGCCUGGAACUGUUCUUACAAGCUCUGAGCCUUCUUUGAAAAUCAAGAUCCUUGAUGAUGCUUGUAAAGAAGAGACAGAAGAAGAAGAAUCCACUAAUUUUAUAGUAAUGGAAGCUGGGUCUGAUGAGCUGAUAUAUUAUGGUAGUACUAUGUCAAAAACUCAGAAGACUGAACCAGAUGUUUUUCUGCCUCCCUCCAUCAAUAUGACUACAAGGUCACCUCUUUCUUCUGUAGUUGACAGAGAAAAGGGCUUAACUUUUCUUUGUAACAGACAUGAAGAAACUCCUAAAACAAGAACAUCUUCCCAGUUUGAAAGAGCUGACGUUGCUGGUAGUUGUUCCUGUAGAGAAGAAAUGACUCCCAACUCCUUAUCUGAAAGAGCAAUAACAAAAGACAAGAGCGGUAAAAUCAAAAAGAAAAGCUUUUGCAUGUCAAAUGAGCAGACACCCAGUCCUGCCAGCAAAUCUUUCCCAGCAAUGGAGUUAGUUAAAGAAAACAAUGUGUCUCAAGGCGUGCAUGAUGCUUCACCAGUUAUUCCGGAAUAUUCUUUGUUGUCACAGGUAGCCCUAAGAAAGAAACCUGUUUGUAACCCAUACCAAGGACUUGAAGAAUUUUUUACAAUGGGUUCAAAUUGCCUGCAAUUUAAGAUGGAAUCCAUUCCUUCAUCAUACAAGGCCCAAGAUUCUCCAAAGAACAUCAUUUCAUUUUCAGGACCUGAGCAGUGGACAAGGCACUUGAGUCUAGGGGAAUGUGCUGAUGAAUGUGUAGUACAAGAAAUAAUGAACAGUGAGCUUGGUAGACCAUUAAGUAGACAGGGAAGGCAAACUCCACGUACUAGACUUUCUCAGCCAAAUUUAUCCAUUGAUAAUGCUUCCUCAAGACCCUUUUCUGCAAAUAUUCCCCUUUGCAAAAUCGUUAAACACCAUCCUCGCCCAUCUUCAGUCAUUGAGACAGGAUCCAAACAUUUAAAUACACAACCUUUAUCUCGAGCUGCUUUUGAAAUUUCAGAAAUUUCAGGCAUUGAUGUCACUGAGAAUGAUGAUCCUUCUUUUGAGGAUUACACCAGUCAACAAACCCUAACAGAUUUAGAUCAUGAAUUAAAGAGUAUUUCAGAUUCCUGGGAAAAUCUCAAUGGUUUAAACUGUGGAGACUUCAACAGACAUUCAAAAAUCACAUAUCGGGAUUUGCAUAACAACCAUGAAUUAAAAGACUGUAGUCAAGGUGAUGCUGUAAGCUUCUAUGAUGAACAUUAUACAGAUGAUGAGGAAGACAAGAUGGACAGACAACAGGUGAUAGAAUUGCAAUGAAAAAGAAUCCAACCUGAUAUGAUCAUCUAUUUCAGCCUUCUAACCAAUCUAAAAUGCUUGUCCCAAGUAUGGUGGAUCAACUAAACUCAUAAGGAAGUAAAUAAAUAAAUUAAAUACA